AUGGCCUCGGGCUUAUCACACGAGGUCAAGACGCGCAUGGCUGAGACUGGGAGACCCUGCAGGUCGACGACGAGGACUGGAAUGCAAAUGGAGGUGAACAGGAGACUCCAUGAACAACUAGAGGUUCAAAGGCACCUGCAGCUUAGAAUCGAAGCUCAAGGCAAGUACAUGCAAACUAUACUUGAAAAAGCGUGCCAAACACUCGCCGACGAGAACAUGGCCGACGCAAACUUCAACAAGCCCAUGAGCCUAGAGAUCCAGCCCAUUGGGCCCGGCCCAACAAACUUCCCUUCCUUCCAAGACCUCAACAUAUACGGAGGCCCAGACCAGCUAGACCUACACCACCAGAGCAUAGACAGGUCAUCGGCGAAAGUUUUCAUAAGCGAUGGGUUCUUGAGCGGCAAGAGGCCAAACAACGGCAACGGCAAGAGCCCGUUAAUUUGGGCCGACUAUCCAUCGGCCGGCCCGUCUUGUUUGGAUGAUAGCGGCCCGGUCCAGAUUAAUAAUUCCCUGAUGGUCGACCAUAGUGCCCGUAAUGAAGAACCGGGCUUGGAUAUUUACGACACGAAGUCGUUUUUGGCAGGAGACCUUACGGUUGGAGACAAGAAGUUCGACAUUUCUUCUAGGCCAGAGAGGCCGUCGGCCCAUCGGGCCGCGGUUGGGUGA